AUGGCUUGCAUGGUUAACUGGAAGUCAAGAUUCAGAGAUGGAGCUGUUGAGGGUUUCCCUUGUCCUAUCCUCCAGUGUCUUGAUAAUCUAGCAGAACUUAAAAAGGGAUCAAAGUUCUGCACACGCUCGUUGCUUCGAGAAACUCUUGACUAUUCUAUUAUUGACAAAAUUCCUGGUCGCCAAAAUGACCGGAAAACUCUUCUGGGGGAAUUGAACUGGAUUUUCACUGCGGUGACUGACACCAUUGCCUGGAAUGUUCUUCCUCACGAUCUCUUUCAGAGACUGUUUAGACAAGAUUUGUUGGUUGCCAGUCUGUUCCGCAAUUUUCUACUUGCUGAGAGAAUUAUGCGUUCUGCAAACUGCUCUCCUAUCUCUCACCCUACGUUGCCACCAACCCAUCAACAUCACAUGUGGGAUGCAUGGGACAUGGCUGCUGAAAUUUGCCUCUCUCAACUUCCGCAAUUAGUUGAGGAUCCUAAUGCAGAAUUUGAGCCGAGCCCUUUUUUCACUGAACAGCUGACAGCUUUUGAGGUAUGGCUUGAUCAUGGAUCGGAACAUAAGAAACCACCAGAGCAGUUGCCCAUUGUUCUCCAGGUUUUACUCAGUCAAUGCCAUCGUUUUCGUGCAUUAGUUCUUCUCGGAAGAUUCCUUGAUAUGGGGCCAUGGGCUGUAGAUCUGGCCUUGUCUGUUGGAAUAUUCCCAUAUGUGCUAAAGCUUUUGCAGACAACCACACCGGAAGUAAGACAGAUUCUUGUUUUCAUAUGGACGAAGAUUCUGGCACUUGACAAGUCAUGUCAGGUUGAUCUCGUGAAGGAUGGAGGUCAUACAUAUUUCAUCAGGUUUCUAGAUAGUAUGGAAGCAUAUCCAGAACAACGUGCUAUGGCCGCAUUUGUUUUGGCUGUCAUUGUGGAUGGCCACAGAAGGGGCCAGGAAGCGUGCAUUGAAGCAGGUUUAAUCCAUGUGUGCUCAAAGCAUCUUCAAGGCUCUCCGAAUGAUGUGCAAACAGAACCCUUGUUUCUUCAGUGGCUUUGUUUGUGCCUUGGAAAAUUGUGGGAAGAUUUUUCUGAGGCACAAAUAAUUGGCUUGCAGGCAGAUGCCCCUGCUAUAUUUGCUCCUCUACUGUCUGAGCCCCAGCCUGAGGUUAGGGCUUCUGUUGUUUUUGCACUGGGUACCCUGCUUGACGUUGGCCUUGAUACAUGUAAAGAUGGUGUUGGAGGAGAUGAAGAAUUUGAUGAUGAUGAAAAGAUUAAAGCUGAAAUAAAUAUUAUUAGAAGCCUUUUAACUGCUGUUUCUGAUGGAAGCCCACUAGUCAGGGCAGAGGUUGCAGUAGCUUUAGCACGCUUUGCCUUUGGUCACAAGCAGCACCUGAAAUCAAUUGCUGCUGCGUAUUGGAAGCCUCAGCCUAAUUCUUUGCUGAAUUCGUUGCCUUCAUUGGCUAACAUAAAAGGUUCAGGGAGCGGGAGUAUUGUUUCUUCCCAAAUUGGUCCUUUAACAAGAGUUGGAAAUGAUAACCAAUCAGUGGUUCGAGAUGGAAGGGUCUCAACAAGCAGUCCACUUGCUACUUCUGGAAUCAUGCAUGGGUCUCCUUUAUCUGAUGAUUCGUCCCAGCUUUCUGAUUCUGGGGUAAUGAAUGAUAGUGUCAGCAAUGGAGUUAAUCAUUCAAGGCCAAGACCACUGGAUAACGCAAUUUAUUCACAGUGUGUGCUGGCUAUGUGUUCCUUAGCCAAAGAUCCAUCUCCACGGAUUGCGGUCCUUGGUCGGCGCGUUCUGUCCAUUAUUGGGAUUGAACAAGUGGUGACAAAACCUGCGAAGUCGACCAUUAGUGGUGUUCGAGCUGGUGAAGCAACAGGAGCUUCACCAACUCCAAGCUUUGCUGGGUUGGCUCGUUCAUCUUCGUGGUUUGACAUGAAUGCAGCCUGUUUAGAUAUAAAUCUGGUUGAUUUCAACCUGUCAUUGACAGGUCAGGUUCCUUUAACAUUUAGGACUCCUCCUGUCAGUCCUCCUCGACCAAGUUACUUGACAGGAAUGAGGAGAGUUUGUUCUUUAGAGUUCACGCCUCACCUGAUAAAUUCUCCAGAUUCAGGAUUAGCUAAUCCACUUUUACGCUCAGGGGCUCUGUGGGUGUGGAAUUAUGAGGAGGCUACCCUUCUCAAUGGUUUUGAGAAUCAUGAUUUUCCUGACAAAGGAAUUUCUAAGCUCUGCCUUGUCAACGAGCUUGAUGACAGCUUGCUACUUGUAGCUUCAAGUGAUGGAAAUAUUCGUAUUUGGAAAGAUUACACCGUGAAGGGUAAACAAAAGCUUGUUACUGCAUUUUCUUCUAUUCAAGGCCAUAAACCUGGUGUAAGAAGCGUGAACGCUGUGGUGGACUGGCAACAGUUAUCUGGAUAUCUGGUAGAUAUUUUACGAACGUAA